AUGGCUACCACCAUGAACAAGAAGAAGAAGUUUGUGGCGGACGGCGUGUUCUACGCGGAGCUGAACGAGCUGCUCACGCGCGAGCUGGCGGAGGAGGGGUACUCGGGCGUGGAGGUGCGCAACACGCCCAUGCGCGUCGAGAUCAUCAUCCGCGCCACGCGCACUCAGAACGUCCUCGGCGAGAAGGGGCGGCGCAUUCGCGAGUUGACGUCGGUGGUGCAGAAGCGGUUCAAGUUCAAGGAGGGCACGGUGGAGCUCUACGCCGAGAAGGUCGCCAACAAGGGCCUCUGCGCCGUCGCGCAGGCGGAGUCGCUGCGCUACAAGCUGCUCGGCGGGCUCGCCGUGCGCCGCGCGUGCUACGGCGUGCUGCGCUUCAUCAUGGAGAGCAACGCCAAGGGCUGCGAGGUGAUUGUGAGCGGGAAGCUGCGCGCGCAGAGGGCCAAGGCGAUGAAGUUCAAGGACGGAUACAUGAUCUCGUCCGGUGGGCCCGUGCGCGACUACAUCGACUCCGCCGUGCGCCACGUCAUGCUGCGCCAGGGAGUGCUGGGCAUCAAGGUGAAGAUCAUGCUGCCGCACGACGCCACUGGCAAGGCCGGUGUUGUCCGCCCUCUGCCCGAUCAGGUUACCAUCCACACGCCCAAGGACGAGGACGAUGCUCUCUUCAAGCCCGUUAUUGGCAAGGAGGCUGAAGCCCUGGUUGAGAACUUUCCGAGUCCCAUGGAUGCUGCGCUGCCGCCGCUGGGAUUCUACGCCGUGAACGGAAACUGCGAGUACAUGGUUGACUCCUCGUGCAACAUCGUGCAAAGAGAUUUGGAGUGCGACGGCUGCUGCUAUCUGAACCCGCGCCCUGCCAUAUGGAAGCAGGUCACGUGCUUCGGCAGGCUGAGCGAGAAGUGCAACUACCGCAUUGCACCGCUCUCCGGCACCUGCGGGGAGCCAGCAAACGACACCAUCAACUGCAACGUCUGUAACUUCUCCUCUUAG